AUCGACGACAUGCCCAUGAACGGUCGCGAGAUGACACGGGCCGAGUUGUUUGAGGAUGAGAAGAGGAGGAUCGUCGAAAGUUGCUUCAGCAGACGCGACGAAGAUGGCUCCUUGCUCGAAACAUACAUCACACACAUCAAGAUCACAGAGUUCCAAACUUCGCCCACAGCACCGCCAGCACCCAAUGCGAGAACCCCUAAUGCCGAGAAGCCGCGCGUCAUCAUCGUCGGCGUGCGCAAGUCUGGCCGAGUACGCGUGCACAAAUCAAAGGAAAACCCAAACGGAACAUUCUCAAUAGGCAAAACGUGGUUUCUCGAUGACCUCUCGGCGAUCGAAUCCUUCACCAACUGUACAUACAACAACGACUACCAAGCAUGGGCGGGAGACGUGGGCUUCGUGGUGACGCUUGGAAAGCCGUACUACUGGCAGGCCCAGACGGACAAGGAAAAGAAAUUCUUUAUUGCAAGUCUGAUCAAGAUCUAUGCCAAAUACACGGGUGGUCGCAUGCCGACCUUGACGGGUUUUGAUCAGCGCGAACUUGAUCAAGUGUUGGGUGGCGCACAGGCACCCCGAAGACAGGAACGACAAGACCGACCACCUCCCCGUCCCAGCCUCCCCGAUUCUGCCCCCAGCAGCGCCAAUAACUCGAUCUCGUCUCUUGGCUAUAAUGGAAGGGAAAUGCUCAAUGCCCAGGCCACACCAGCCCCUGCCCCGACAUACCCAGAACGGAUGCCCUCGCGUGGCGCGCUUGCGCCGAAUGGAAGAGCUUCACCAGUGCAAAGCGUCGACUCGGGUCGGCCGAGUCAAGAGCUGCCUACCCUUCGACGGCUAGCAUCCAACAAUAAGAGCCAGGACUCGGUGGUGGCCUCGUCUGUUGCGCGGAGCGAAGGGGCCAGCAGCUUCAGGCCAGGAUCGAGAAAUGGGCCGGGCUCUAGCUAUGGCACCCCUGAGGCGUCACCCGCACCUCCGUCUCUGGAUGAGAGGCCGCCGGAGAGGAGAAGACCUCCCAUGGAUCCGUUACGGCCGACGCAGGUCGACAGAGAUUUGGUGCCGGCUCCUUUGAACAGCCCUGCGGCGCGUAUUCCACUUCCACCUCGGAGUCAAGACCGCAUGUCCCCCCGCAAGAAUUCGGUGAGCAGACGGGACCCGACACCACUUCGGAUGGACCAGAGACCUGUAACACCAAAAGAGAUCUCGAGAGCAGGCACGCCAGUGAGUGCGCCCAGUCCGGCACCUGUCCCAACACCGCAGACUGCCAGCCCAGCACCUGCUCCUGCUCCUGCUUCUGCUUCUGCUCCUGCUCCUGCUCCUGCUCCUGCUCGUGCCGUGCCGGCUGCUGUCCCCACGCCCCCACCUGUGCCAGCCGAGGAAUCGACGCCAGAGGCACCCAAGACCCCCGUGGAUGACGAAGAGAAGCCUGGCGUUUUUGGAAUCAAGUCCAAGAAAUCUAGAGGAGAAAUCGCCGGUGCGAUCUGGAAGGCUGCCGCGGCCGUCAGUGCGUUCAAGCCCAGACCGGGCGGUGCAGCAGAGCGACUGCGUCAAAACCAGAACAAGAGCAAUGACGGGCCAGACGGUAUCACGAGCGUUGUGCCGGCGCCUCCCAAGCCCAUCCCGGUGAAGACUCCGGAGCCGAUUGUUCUCGAACCACCCCCCACGGCGGCCGACAGGGGAUCCUCUGCCACUACUGCGUCUGGCAUUCCCGAGCUGAAAGUCACGGGCUCAGACCCCAACAGCCGACCGGAUAGCAUUGUCGCCUUCAAGGAGAAGAAGGAGGAGGUACCAGAGGAACCGCAGCGGUCGGUCGUGGCGGGGAACGAUGUCAAGUACCUGGCUACUUUGGGGAUUGAUCCAUCGAUUCUGGACGGCAAGACGUCCGAGUUUGCCAAGUGGCUGGAUUACUUUGGGUGGGUGCCGGGCGAGCAGAUGAGGCAGAGGAACUUUGAGGAGAUGAGGGCGGAUCUGGACAGGGAGAUGGGCAAGGCGCAGGCGGGGGGGUGGCUGGCGAGGUUUCAGGAGGAGGAUGAGAGGGUUGAUGCGAUCAAGAGGGGGAUCGAUCUUGCGAUUGGGGAGUGUGAUGAGCUGGAUAAUUUGUUGACGCUUUACAGCGUUGAGUUGUCGGUGAGUUUUUCUGUGGUUUUGGAGAGGGUUGGUUGGUUGCAUGCCGCCGGGGUGGAGGAGAUUGAGACCUCGUUGGUCACGCUGUUCAAGGCCAUGAUCAAGAUUGAUCCUACGAUGGGCAACAGCGAGGGGAGGAGGAGCGAAGACGGGAGCAGUGCGGACCAGUCGCUUGGCUUGGACGAGAAUUACGGCCAGAUGCGGAUCGUGCAGGAGAAGAAGGAGAUGUACCUUGCCGAAAGCUCGCUUUUCAUGAGGAGGUUGGUGAUUUUCAUGGAGAAGCAGUUUAGCGAGGCGUUCAGGGAGACGAAGGCGGCGUUGGAUGGGGCGCUGAGCAAGAAAGUUGAUCCGAGGAAUCACGAGGUGGGACGGGACAUCCUCUGGAUGUACGGCCCGCUGAUUCUGUACGCGAGGGACGUGGAUCUGGACAACUGGAACCGGAUCCUGCAGGUGUACCAGGACAAGUGCCACCCGAUAUACAAGACUGAGUUCAAGGAGGCGAUGGACGCGUGGAAAAAGAAUGCGAGGAAGGUGACGGGGGAUGAGGCGGAGCUGCUGUUUACUUCGCAGCAGGAGAAGAAGGAGGAGGGGCUGGCGACGACGGCGAGGAAGUUGACGGUCAAGAGGAGCCAGACGCUGGCGAGGAGCUUGAGGAGCCCGUUGGGGGAUGGGGGGAGCAGGUCGUCUGCGGCGGAGAAGACGCCGGAUGGGAGGGCGUUGCCGUACGAGGUUUUUGCCGGGGUGCUGGAUGAUUUGCUGCCGUUGGUGGAGAUGGAGCAGAACUUCAUCGUGGAUUUCUUCCACGCUACUACGCUGGAGCAGGCGGAUUUUCCCGAUUUGGUGGCGGCGUGUAGGCCGGUGAAUAGACGGGGGGGGGACCUCAAGAGGCAUCGGUUGAUGGAGCCGGAUCGGGAGCUGGCGAGGCGGGUGACGAAGGCGAUGGAGAGUAUUUUUGGGUUUAUGGAGAUUGGGUUGCAGCAGUUGAUGGAUUGGGUUUUGGGGAUGGAUCCCUUGUAUGUGAUUUCUUCUUUCGGUUUACGGAUGGGUGUGUGUGCUAACAAUGUCUACAGACAGGGAGUGGGUAUCUUGGCCACGCUCGAACGCAAGAUGGCCGAAAUGUCACAAUCCAACCAGGACUUUCUCAACAAUUUGCUCCAAAAACUCCACGGCAACCUCGAGGCCAAAUUCAAAAAGUUUGUCGACGAUCAGAUCCGCGCCAUUGAAGAGACAAAGGUCAAGAUCAAGAAGCGCAAGGGCGUCAUCCACUUCAUCCGCAUCUUCCCCCAGUUUUCCACCGCAGUCGAGAACAUGCUUGCGAAUGUUGAUCCCAACUUGGGGGUCAGGCGGAUGGUAGAUAGGGAGUACGACCGCAUCCUCAAGUCAAUGUUUGACUCGCUCAAGGUGAUUGCGAGAGAGAACCCGGCCAUGGGCGGCGGCGGGGCAGCCGCCACGGCUGCUGCGAUUGCCAACUCUGCGGAUCCGGAAGACAAGGAGGCGCUCAACUUCCACAUCCUGCUUAUUGAGAAUAUGAACCACUACCUGGAGGAGGUGGAGAACUCGAGGGGGUUGGAGGUGCUGGAUGACUGGAAGGAGCAGGCUAACCAGGAGCUGCAGGAGCACAUGGGGUUGUAUCUGAAUGCUGUCAUGAGACGGCCGCUGGGUAAGCUGCUGGAGUGUUUGGAGAACAUCGAGGCUCAGCUCGCGGGGGGCAAGUCGGCGGCCGGGAUUGCGGCUCAGCCGUCGAACUCGAAGAGCACGUUUAACAAGGUGCUGGGUGGGUAUGAUGCGAAGGAGGUGAGGAAGGGGAUUGAGGCUUUGAGGAAGAGGGUGGAGAAGCACUUUGGGGAUGAGGACUCUUCUUCAGCGGGAGGGGAGGGGAAGAAGGGGAGCAGCGACACGCUGAGUGUUAGUUCGGGCGUUUCGGGGCAUCAUGGGGUCAAGUUUGGUGGUGGGGGUUCGAGUCAGAGUAAUAGUGGAUUGGUGAUGAAGGUGUUGAGGGAGUGUGAGAAGUUUUAUGGGGAGGUGGAGAUGAGGGUUGGGAGGGUGACGACGGAUGUGUAUGGGGGGGAUGUGCUGUUUGAGUGGCCCAGGGGGGAGGUCAAGGCUGCUUUUGCGGCGGGGGCAGGGGGGAGUGGCGGAGGGUUGGGGGGGAUUCAUUUGGGGAGGUCGUGA